GCGUCCUCCCAUUUUCAUGGGCUGGCUGCCAUUUGGCCUACCGUUGCCUCUUACGCCUCUCCCUGACAUCUACCAUAAAAAAAGGUUACCUCAAUACCUCAUUCCCUCCUUCGUCCUGUGCCUGUUUGAAUUUAUUAUCGCAUUUCAUUGUCAAGAUAUAUUAAUGUUCUUACAACCAUCGUACCCAAUCAGAGAGUUCUACAAUCUGAAAUCGCAUACCUAAGCAUUGGGAAAAGAUAAAUCUGGUUUCCUAAGGACAUUGAACGAAGACUUGGUAUCCUCCCCCUCAAACCUCCCUUCCUCUCUGUCUACCUGUCGCAUAACUGCUCUUCAAGGGGACAAGAUGUCGUCCGCCUCUCGAACUCGCCCCAACCGUCGGGUGAACAGUCUUGCAAAUAAUGAGCGCAUGUCUAUAUCUCGAAAUAGUUCUCGAUCACGACCGAAAGCUAUUGGUUAUACCGAUGCAUACACAUUCGCACUCAGGGUUGCAUAUCUGCACCACCUUCUCCAACCUCGACGAAAGACCAAACAAUACAUCCCCGCAGAGAGAAAGAUCAUUUCGAGGAAGAGUGUCAUGAUAGGAGAGUUGAUGCAGGAUUUUUCUCUUAUGAAGGACACGAAGACCAAAUUCCCUCAUGGAUUUAUGUCGCAGCUAGAGAAGCGCUUGCAAGGCGUCUUAACAGGGACGGAGAGGCGCCCAGAAUACAAGGAGCCGGCUGUCAAGAGAACCUUCGCAGAGGCCUAUACAGCUCUUACUGAACCAGGAUUUCGAAAGCGUAUGGACAAAGAGAGACGUGUUGAAGACUUGGUUUUGAUAUUCUAUUCAAAUACCACUAAAUCUUUACAAAAGGGCAAAGCGGCGGAUGAUGAAUCGUGGAAAGCCCUUGUGGAUCGCCAUGUGGCUCUGUUCGUGAGACUGAUUAGUGCAACUCUCAAGGAUCUUGACAAGGACAAAGAUCGACCCGAGCUGAUGAGUCGUUUGUCAACCUUGGAGAAUAAGCUAUUGACGAAUUCGCAAGAUCUAUACGUCAACUCUUCCACUGCUCCUGGCGGGGGCCAUUCCAUUGAAGUGACCGCACCAGUAAGCUACGAUGUUAAGGAUAUGCCCAUGGCACAAGUUGUUGGAAGAAUAUUUGGUAUGAGUAAUUCGGAAGUUCAAACAGACAUUGACUUGAAUAAAAGUAUCUGGACGGAGUCCGCAGCGCUCAAUGAUCUGAAAUCUUACCAGCAUUGCUUGAAUGCAAACACUAAACGAACUCUACGAAGCGAGGAUUUUGACGUUGAUGAGGGAUACCAGACGUGGAAGAGGUCAGAAAUACCAGAACUUUCGGCCAUGAUUUCGGAGAUACUUCAAGCUAGGCCGGAUCUUGUUAAGGCUUCCGGCAAGAAUAGAGCUCUCCCACCACUCCCACCACUUUCCAUGACCACUUCAGGUGCUGAGGAUCAAGCAUAUGCAGACUUGGCUAAAUCUAUAGCUAUAACAAGCCCCAUAGAUGGAGGCUCUGGUUACAAUUUCGAACAACCCGCAGAUAUGUCUUCAUUGUGCCUUGAGGACGAUGAACCCUCGAAGAUAUUUCUGGAAGAGUCCACAUAUACAUUUAUACCGACAGAUACACGAGCAUACUAUCGAACAAUCUUGACUUAUGCCAUGACCUAUGAUCAGAUCCAUGCUCAAGCUGAUGGCGCCGAAUCCCAGCCUCUCAGCAAACAGUCUUUAGAGUUGUUGACCGAAUUGUGUGUUCGCUGGAGAAUUCCACAAAUCUCAAGGCUCGUUUUGUUCUUAGAUGUCGCAAGCCAAAAAUUCUUAGACCAGGAGAUUGGGCUUGAUGAGCUUGAUAGCGCCUUUGAGUUUAUCAAGAACCCACCAUCGUCUUUGGAAAACAAACGUGCAAGUACGCAUACACAUACACAUACUGCGAGUCUGCCUUCUUUCGAUCCAAAUGAAUGGACGAUACAUGAUUUUGCUUUAUACCGUCAAACUUUGACAAGUCUACAUGAUGCACUUCUCCGUGAUCUAUAUGAUCUUCUACAACAUUGCUAUGAAGCUAAGCCGCCUUCUCCUGGCCCAGUCCUGCUCAUCUUAGAUACCCAUAUCAAAAACGAUCCCUUAUUCUCAACAAGCCCUGGUGGCUACGAUACUUAUGUCGAACAGUUGAUUGAGGGUCUUAAAUCUAAAGCGGCAGAAGUGUAUAGGGAAUAUCUUGAAGCAGAGGUUCCUCAAAAUCAAGAGGAAUGGGAAUUCUUCCAUGUUGUUCAAUUGGGGAAAUCUGUCGUAAAAUUAUGUGAGCGAAUUCAGAAAAGAUAUCGAAAAAAUCCCGAAAUCAUGGGUGUCAAUCCUCUGACAAUCCUUGUCGAGACGAUGUUUCCUAGCUUUGAGGAUGAUGCGAACGAUUUGAUCCAGAGAAUCUUGCACGUGGCACAUACCAACGAAAGCGAAGUCCCUCUACAGGAUGGGUUUGAUCUAUAUAAGGAGCUUGUUGAGAUCCGCAGUAUUCAUCACAAUGUUCUACCCAGUAGAUCCUUCGCUUUCAAUAUAGAGGAUUUGCUUGCUGACUUUGUUUGGCGCUGGAUUCGCAGUGCUGAUGCGAAAACGGUAGAUCUUGUUGACCAAGCUAUCAAACAAGAUCAAUUUCAAGUUCGCUCGGAUCAUCCUGAUCAAACCCCGUCGGAUGAUGAGCGUCAUAGUGUGUCUAUCAUUGACAUAUUCCGUCUCUUCAAUCAAAUGGCUGAUCAGAUCUUCCAACUAAAUUGGGCCGACACGAUCCAGCACGCCAAAUUCAUGACAGCUCUGGCGAAAUCCUUUGGCAUUGGACUGGCGAGAUAUUGCGAAGUCCUCGAGCAAAAAUUCUCAAAAGAGAUGGACAGGCUGUCUCCCGCGCAAGAAGCGGCUGCGUCACAAACAAAACAGGAGAAGUGGAUGCAACUGGCUAAAGAGGCUUGGAAUAACAAGGAGAAGAUAGAACCUUUCCAGUUCUACCCCGAAUCAUUUGUUAAGCUCAACAACAUCGAAUAUGCCGUGCAGCAGCUUGAUGCUCUUGAGAAAACUAUAAACGUCGAUGCAUGUGCAGAACUUCUUGCCAAAAACGCACCACCGGUAGAGAAAAAGAGAAGAACUGCGAAAUAUGUAUUUACCAUCAAGAUCGUGGAAGGCGAGGAUCUCAAGGCUUGUGACCCUAACGGCACCAGCGAUCCAUAUGUCGUUCUUGGUGAUGAAUAUCAAAAGCGCUUAGCCAAGACUCGAGUCGUGAUGAGAAGUCUCAAUCCUCGGUGGGAUGAGUCCGUGGAUAUAACAGUUCAAGGUCCACUAAAUAUUAUUGCGACAAUUUGGGACUGGGAUACAUUUGGUGACCAUGAUUAUGUUGGAAGAACUUCUUUGAAAUUGGAUCCAGCUCACUUCAGCGAUUAUAUGCCUCGUGAGUACUGGCUUAAUCUUGAUACUCAAGGUCGUCUGUUGUUACGUGUCAGUAUGGAGGGAGAACGUGAUGAUAUCCAAUUCUAUUUUGGUAAGGCAUUCCGAUUGCUAAAGAGAACUGAAAGAGACAUGACACGAAAGAUCACGGAUAAGCUUUCGCAAUAUAUUAAUAGUAGUCUCUCGCAUGAAGCCCUAAGGGGCUUACUAUCUCGAGGCAUUUCAGUAGCAUCGGUAACUAGUCUCUGGAAGAACAGACAAUCAAUAGCUCCAACUUUGACCCCUCAGGAUGUCGAGAACGCUUUAAAGCCACUGUUCAAUUACUUCGAUGAGAAUUUCGCUAUCAUGAAGCAGACUUUAACAGAUGCAUCCAUGAUUAUGGUAAUGACUCGACUAUGGAAGGAAGUUCUCAUCGCCCUCGAGAGUCUUCUAGUUCCACCGCUCUCAGACAAGCCAUCUACUCAAAGACCUCUCACACAACAAGAAAUGGACAUUGUUUUCAAAUGGCUUGAACUUCUAUUCGAAUUUUUUCAUGCCCGGGAUGAGCAAACUGGCGAAGCAAUGGGAGUGCCCGCUGAUGUUCUCAAGUCCCCCAAAUAUUCCGAGCUCGCCACACUUAAUUUCUUCUACUUUGACUCCACCGAUAACCUCAUCCGCACCUCGGAAAGAAUGGCCACUGCAACCGCUCAACGUGCUCAACAACAACGCAAUCGUCUUUCGGCGCCUGCUACUCUCGGUGCUUCUUUUGGAGGUCUUAUGGGAUCAACUUCAAUGCGCAGGAGUAAGAGUAUCAUGUUGAGCAGAAAUUUGGGAACUAUGAAAAAGGCCAAGGAGGAGAAGAGGAAACAGGCACAGGCUGAUCCGAGUGAUGAUAUGAUUCUGAGAAUUUUAAGAAUGAGACCGGAGGCAACGGCUUAUUUGAGAGAUAGGAGUAGGCAAAAGGAGAGAUUAGCCGCAGCUGCAGCGGCCGAAAUGAUUGUGAGACAAAGUUUGGCAAGUGGAGGUGGACCAAGAUUUGGAGCGAAUAAUCUGCCUCGGAGAUAAAGGAGGCUUGCUCCUUUCAAUGGAGAGAAAGAUGGGAUCUAUGCAUGACGGGAAGUAAUUAUGAGUCUAUGACAGGAGAGGAGAUAAGAUGGUAGGCGUUAUUCUUUUGACUGAGAGAUACCACUGGCAUAUUUGUUUUGGGAUUUAGAUAUUCUUUAUUCCUUUUCUCUGAGGUUUCGGUGGGGUUUGGUGAGAUUUUUUUUAUUACUUUGGGGAUUUGAGCAGAAGAUGGGAGGUUUGUGGGAAGAUAUUUGGGAAAGACAAUAGGGAUCCAUACGUAACUAAUUAUUGAGAUGAUCAUUUGAAGAUCUCGCAGAGAUGGUUGUUGUGUGCAGCUUGAUUGAUGGAUUUAUCGCUGCUAGGGGUUGGGUUGAAGUUGUGGUGGUUGUGGUGGUUGCUUUGCUUUGAGUUUGGCUUGGCUUGGCUUGGCUGGACGGGACGGGACGGGAUGGGA